AUGGCUGGCCAACCACGGGUUCCUAUUUCCGGGCGAUCCACUGACGCGACGCCCCUCCGGUUCUCUUCCGGAGUCCGCUCGCUACUUGGCUGCGGAAGAGUACCUUCCCCUGUCCCCUUCUCGCCACCCUUCGCCCUCGACCGUCCGAUUCCGCCGCAGUUCAUUUCUCAGGAAAUCUGGAACGAUUGAUGGGUUCGAUUGACUCUAUCGCAAAUGGUUCUGAAAAACAAGCACUUUCUGAAGAGCAAAGGACUAAGAUAAAUGAGGUAAGAGCAUCAUUAGGACCAUUGCCAGACAAGCUAGUUUGUUAUUCUUCUGAUGCAUCAAUUGCAAGAUAUUUGACAGCAAGAAACUGGAACGUGACAAAGGCAACUAAAAUGCUAAAAGAAACUUUGAAGUGGCAUCUUGAGUACAAGCCAGAAGAAAUUCGCUGGGAUGAAAUAGCUCAUGAAGCUGAGACUGGAAAAAUUUACAGAUCAAGUUACUCGGACAAGUUUGGAAGGAGCAUUCUUGUCAUGAGACCUGGAUACGAGAACACAAAGUCAACAAAGGGAAAAAUUAGGUACUUGGUGUAUUGUAUGGAGAAUGCAAUUCUCAAUCUGCCACCUGAUCAAGAACAGAUGGUGUGGCUCAUUGACUUUAAAGGAUUCAACUUGUCAAAUAUAUCGAUCAGGACAACGAAAGAAACAGCUGAUGUUUUGCAAAAUCAUUACCCAGAAAGAUUGGGCUUAGCUAUACUGUACAACCCACCCAAGUUCUUUGAACCUUUCUGGACGGUAGCUAAACACUUGCUGGAACCGAAGACAUGCAGAAAAGUAAAAUUUGUUUACUCCGAUGAUGACAACACCAAAAAGAUCAUGGAAGAGUUCUUCGAUAUGGAUGAAUUGGACUGCGCAUUUGGAGGCAACAACCAAGUGGGUUUUAAUAUCAGCGAUUUUGCAGCAAGGAUGAAAGAAGAUGACAAGCGGAUGCACUUCAUUUGGAGCCAAGAAAAUGCCUCAUCAUCCUCAGUUCAACAUGAAACGAUAAUGACAAAUGUUUCAGGCAACUCUGGAUCAGAUUGUGAUAAAUCAGAGAACGGAACUCCUGUCAGGUGAGAGUCAUACCUUCUUUGAUGGCAAAUCUCCACCUAAAAACGACAUGGUGGACUUGAAUGACAGGACAUUCAUUGCAUCCCCUGAAACUAUUUGUUGAGGGAGAAGACAGUAAGGCUUUAGCAAGACCAAUGUUAUCAAGUUUGGAUACAAGGAAUGUUUUCUCAAACUUUUCUAUGUAUUUUCUGUACAAUAUUUAUUAUUCACAGAUUCAUAGUUGGCAUGAAUAAUGAUAACUUUCUUCUCCA